UGGUUAUUAAAACAUCAAUUCUACUUAAUUAAAUCGUAAAUAAUUGAUAAAUUUUUUAUCAAUUCACGAAACCCUUUUUGUUAAGAAAAAGAAGAAGCUAAAAUCCUAAUGCUGGUUGCUUAUUUCGUAUAGGGCUGCAUGAACCGACAUGGCGAGGCUUCUUUGGUUUACUUAAAACUUUCAUCAAGCACACACCUACUUACUUGGGUGUAAGAAACAAUUAGCUUAAAAUAUUUUCACUCAUUUUCUUGGAUCGAUGAGUAUAGCCCUUCAAAGCUUCCUAUAAAUGCAGGUAAAUCAGAAGUAGCAGUCAUUGAUUAAAGCCAAAGGUUUCUUUUUUACAGAAGAACAAUGAUGGGUUCGAGAAUCAAAAUCUCAGCUCUGGGUGUUAUUAUGCUUCUGCUGUUGAUUGCCCCAGCUUCCAACGCUGCCAUUUCGUGCAGUGUUGUGAUAAAGGACCUGAGGCCUUGCGUGAACUAUCUUACGAAGGGGAGCGGAAAACCACCGUCCGCUUGUUGUGCGGGAGCCUCCGCUCUGGCAUCCGCCGCCGCGUCAUCUGCCGACAAGAAGGCUGCUUGUGAAUGCAUCAAAUCAGCGUCUAAGAAUAUUAAACCCAAUAACCAAUUAGCUCAGGCUCUUCCUUCUAAUUGUGGAAUCACUUUGCCCGUCGCCAUUUCACCAAAUGUCGAUUGUUCCAAGGUUGGUUGAGAGCUUGGAAGCUGAAACUGGGAGUGCUUGGAUGGGCAUGAAGUAAUUAAAAAACUCCAUGAUAGAAGCUCAAUUGUUUUGCUUAUCAAUAAACUGGAAUCCUCCGGUCUUGGAAUUUGGAUUCCUUGGGUGAAUAAAAGUUUAAUGCUACCAUCUACUUGUUUUCCUCUUUUUCAGGGUUCAUACAUAUGAGAUGAUCAUGUUGUGUAUUCAAAUAUUUCUUAUUUUGCACUUCUGUUGAAUGUCUAUGCUUAUGAUGUUCUAUUUGUCCUUAAUACUUCAUGUUUGGAUUUUUAAGCCACAGAUAACAAA